AUGUCUGCUCAUAUUCUCUUUGUGCAUUUUUCUUUCUUUCUUCCAGUAUCUCUCUUUCUUUCUCCUUCCAGUAUCUCUCUUUCUCUCUCUUUUUUCUCUGCAUUUCUUUCUUCCUCUUUCCAAUAUCUCUCUUUCUCUCUCUCUCUGUUCAUUUUUCUUUCUUUCUCCUUCCAAUAUCUCUCUUUCUCUCUUUUUUCUGUGCAUUUUUCUUUCUUUCUCUUUCCAGUAUCUCUCUUUCUCUCUCUUUUUUCUCUGCAUUUUUCUUUCUUCCUCUUUCCAAUAUCUCUCUUUCUCUCUCUCUCUGUGCAUUUUUCUUUCUUUCUCCUUCCAAUAUCUCUCUUUCUCUCUCUUUUUUUUCUGUGCAUUUUUCUGUCUUCCUCCUUCCAGUAUCUCACUUUCUCUCUUUUUCUCUGUCGAUUUUUCUUUCUUUCUCCUUCCAAUGUGUCUGUUGCGGCCCCUGUUGAGGUUUUUGCAGUGAGUGCUGCCUUUCGAGAGGACACGCACCCCCAAAAAGUGAACCUCAGUGUUGGAGCAUACCGUACAGAUGAAGGAAACCCAUGGGUGCUACCAGUAGUACGGAGUGUAGAGGCAAAAAUGGCUUCAGAUAUGAUGCUCAACCAUGAGUAUCUACCAAUUCUGGGCCUCCCUGACUUUCGUUUUGCCUCUCUUAAAUUAUUGUUGGGAGAAGGACACCCUGCCAUAAUUGAGAAUCGAGUGGUAGGUGUCCAGGCUUUGGGAGGUACUGGUGCCAUUCGACUCUCUGCUGAUUUCUUCCACUCUAUUGGCAAAUGCAACACUGUUUACGUUUCAAAACCGACAUGGGUUUCUUCUCUGCUUCCUGCAUCCAGUUUCUUCUCUGCUUCCUCCUGCAUCCAGUUUCUUCUCUGCUUCCUCCUGCAUCCAGUUUCUUCUCUGCUUCCUCCUGCAUCCAGUUUCUUCUCUGCUUCCUCCUGCAUCCAGUUUCUUCUCUGCUUCCUCCUGCAUCCAGUUUCUUCUCUGCUUCCUCCUGCAUCCAGGCCCUUCUCUGCUUCCUCCUGCAGCCAGGCCCUUCUCUGCUUCCUCCUGCAGCCAGGCCCUUCUCUGCUUCCUCCUGCAGCCAGGCCCUUCUCUGCUUCCUCCUGCAGCCAGGCCCUUCUCUGCUUCCUCCUGCAGCCAGGCCCUUCUCUGCUUCCUCCUGCAGCCAGGCCUUCUCUGCUUCCUCCUGCAGCCAGGGCCCUUCUGCUUCCUCCUGCAGCCAGGCCCUUCUCUGCUUCCUCCUGCAGCCAGGCCCUUCUGCUUCCUCCUGCAGCCAGGCCUUCUCUGCUUCCUCCUGCAGCCAGGCCCUUCUCUGCUUCCUCCCAGCCAGGCCCUUCUCUGCUUCCUCCUGCAGCCAGGCCCUUCUCUGCUUCCUCCUGCAGCCAGGCCCUUCUCUCUCCUCCUUCCUUCCUCCUGCAGCCAGGCCCUUCCUUCUCCUCCCCAGCCAGGCCCUUCUCUGCUUCCUCCUGCAGCCAGGCCCUUCUCUGCUUCCUCCUGCAGCCAGGCCCUUCUCUGCUUCCUCCUGCAGCCAGGCCCUUCUCUGCUUCCUCCCUGCCAGCCCUUCUCUGCUUCCUCCUGCAGCCAGGCCCUUCUCUGCUUCCUCCUGCAGCCAGGCCCUUCUCCUUCCUCCUGCAGCCAGGCCCUUCUCUGCCCUUCCUCUCCUGCAGCCAGGCCCUUCUCUGCUUCCUCCCAGCCAGCCCUUCUCUGCUUCCUCCUGCAGCCAGGCCUUCUCUGCUUCCCCUGCAGCCAGGCCCUUCUCUCCUCCUGCAGCCAGGCCCUUCUCUGCUUCCUCCUGCAGCCAGGCCCUUCUCUGCUUCCCUCCUGCAGCCAGGCCCUUCUCUGCUUCCUCCUGCAGCCAGGCCCUUCUCUGCUUCCUCCUGCAGCCAGGCCCUUCUCUGCUUCCUCCUGCAGCCAGGCCCUUCUCUGCUUCCUCCUGCAGCCAGGCCCUUCUCUGCUUCCUCCUGCAGCCAGGCCCUUCUCUGCCACAAACACGUACACUGA